AUGACAAAGAAGGUAACGUCGAUGAAGACGACCAGCGACGAUGAUGUGGUCUCUGAAGAAGUGCUAGGCAAGGUUGAUGAGGAGGUGUCGGUGGAUGUCAACGAGGUCAGCAGAUCAGUGGACGACGUCGGAGCAGACGCAUCCAACAGCAGGGUAGUUGGCAGCGACAUGACCAGCAGCAGCGAGAUAGACGUUGGAGGAAAAGAGUCUGAAGUAGACGGUGAAACGGAGGGAGUCUCAAAGGACAUGGAGGAUGUGUGCAGGGAGGAAGUAGCCGGAGACAGAAUGCUUGACGACGACAGUGACAGAGAAAACAGCAGCGAUUCGGGAAAAGUCGAGGACGUGGUGACAAUCAGAGACAGAGGAGAUGACGAGGUAAUAAAUGAUGUGGAGUUUUCUCCAGUAGCAGUGUCUCGUCUAAAAAUAGGAAACAUCAUGGUGUGCAUGGAACUUGAGUGA